AUGAACCCAAAUUAUCCAAAUUAUCAAUUUUCUAAUUCUGAAAAUCAACAACUUAAUUUUAAUCAAAAUAUUAUGGGAACUUCUUCACACAUGGAUAUUUCUUCUGCGCAACAUAAUAAUAAUAAUAAUCAACAAUAUACCACGCAAGUUAAUACAACAUUUAAUUCUUCUAUUUCACCUAUCAUGCAAAAUAAUUUUAUCAUCGAUCAACAAAAGCUCCAUCCUUCUACAUUUUUUUAUCAACCACCAAAUGAUCCUUGCAAUUAUCAUAUUAAUUGUAAAGAAAUUUCAAUUGAUACAGUUAUCCAAUUAUUAAAUGAAUUUAACGGUAAUACAAAUGAUGACAAAAAUGAGUAUAUUUUCCAUUAUCAACAAUUAUUCAAUAAUCGAAUUUAUCAGGUAUCUUGUGAAAUUGUCUCUUCUUUAACUUUGAAUAAAUUUAUUUAUGGAAUUGAAAUUGAUCAAAAUUUUGUUCAAAAUUUAUCUUUUACUCCUAAUCAAAAAGAAAAUCUUAAAUAUUAUUUAACGCAACAUUUAAGUCAAUAUUUAUUAAAUUAG